ACAGCAGCGUCACGAGGCGGCCGAAACAGACGCCUGAAGCUGCAGGAUCCAGCGGCGAAAGUAAGAGAGAUUCUGCUGGAGCCCGGAAGUCUCCCGAUAUCUGGAGAUGCCGUCUACGGCUUCGCGGGUCGGAUCGGCGCAUUUUUCUCUGACGUACAAGACGGCGAUUCCGUACUCUAACCCGCAGGCGCAUGCUUAGGGUACUCGCCAGAAAGACGUGCUUGUCCUGCUGCAGCCCCUUGAACGCAUUUAAAUCGGCCUCCAAUUUCGACCACCUUUCGCCUUUUCAACCUUUCUUCCUCAGAAACUCCUUCCCUCCAUUUCUUCUCCCUAGUUCCUGGGCAAGCUCUUUCCUGACUGCUUCAGCGGAUGACUCGAGUGUCUUCCCCAACGUAUUUCGCGUCAGCUAGGCAACUUUUCCACUGCGCGACUUCCUGUAGCAGAAGCUUCCCGGUAUGUGCACACCCCGUUCCCGACGUCGAACAGCCAUACCCUUUGCCAAGUUUUUCCAGGCACCAUCACUUCAUUUUCUCGGUCGCGCGUGCGUCAGACCGGCGUUUCCGAGCAAGCGGUGACCGGGUCAAACGAAUCUGUGGGCGAAUCAUCAGUACUUCCCAAGCCAAGAAAAGUGCGUCGCAGUGGACAGCAGCGUCAAGAGUGUGGUUCCGUGGGUGCGCAUUUCGCUGCAGUUGAUUGUCGGCUCAACGCCGGAUCUCUCUUGAGCGCCUCGCUACUCCUGUGUCCUCUUUUCUGGUUGUGGUCUGAAUCGCAUGGUCAAGUGUGCGAGUCCUACAUUUCCCUUACGUUUUUUCCGUUCUCACCUGCGGCAUCCUGAUCCGUGAUCGCGUGGCGGUCAUGAGGAAAAAGCAAUCCAAAGGUCUGUGCCGUCGUCUCCUGCAGAACUCGGCCUUGCCCAUGUCCGCCGGUGCUUCACUGAAGGUCACAACCCGCGAGGAAAAUUGUUAACGGUUGCCGGGGUGUCUGGUUGAGCAGCCAAAUCGGCAGCUGCGCUGCGAUUUUCAGGACCGAAAUACAGUCCGAAAAAAAGUUUGCGAAGAGAUCACGCGCGCAGAGAGACGCCCAGGGGGCGGGUCUGCCGGCUGCGGGGUCGCCGGAAGGCGAGAAACAGUGAUGUCACCAGGUGUGUUUUUCCGCUACCUUCUUGUCCAUUCCUGGAAGACUUUUUCUUGUCGAGAUCACUCCGAUAACUUCGACCUCACAAAUGAACGUUUUCCAAGGAGAACGGCGAGCAGGACUCCCGCAACAGUGAAAGGUCAACGCACUCCGGCGCCUCCUAUCCGUUUUCUAGGACUUGUGUGUGAAGCCGUGCGUUGCCUCUCCGUCGACUUCGGACCCAGGUGGGAGGAUGUUGGCGACACCAACAUCGUCAAUGAAUCGCGACGAAGCCAGCGUCACAGAAGGACCAAAAAACUACACAAGCGACCAUCUCUGUGAUUUUCUUUUUUCUGACCACGAUGCCUCUGCCGUCCGCACCACCGCCUCCCCCCCUUCCCGCCUCGCGGGCUGCGGUUAGCCGCGCGCACCCAGCAACGCCCCCGGGUCCCUUGCCGUCUUUCCGUCCAUCUCCACAGUCAACAGCUUCUUCUUUUUCUUCUUCUCCGCCGCCGCCUCCGCCGCCGAAUUCUCGUCCGGCGCUGCCGGGAUCCUUUGGCGCGUCCUUGCCUUCUGGGCAGUCUGCUUCGGCGCCGUCCCACCGGCCUCAGUGCUCUGGUUUCCGACUUGGCUCGUUCACUUCUUCGUCUGCUCCCCAGCCCCGCCUCUCUCCCCCGACUUCUCUGCCGCCGCCACCGGCUCCCUUUCCUUCGCGACCCUGUUCCCCAGUCACGCAUGCACACCCGUCUGUGUGUCCACCGCCUCCGCCGUCUGCCUGUUCUUCUAACGCAACAGCUGGAAUUGCGUCAGCCUCCGCGAGGCCUCCUUCUCUUCCGUCGGCUCCUUCUCCUCCACAUCCUGUUGCGUCUCCUCCACCUCCAGUUUCGCCUCCACCUCCUACGUCGUCGCCGGCGCCUUCCCCUUCCCUUGCGUCUGCGUCGCGGUCGUCUCCGAGCUUCCCUUCUGGCCGAUGCAGCUGCUUUGCGGCUUUUCCACUGGGCCAGCCGCUUCACGCAGGGGCGGAGAAUGCUUGUGCGGUUUCUGCAGACGCAAGCGCCUGUGCCUGGUCGCAUCGGUCGCCGUCUUCUGUUUCGUCUUCUUGCCAUGCACCUUCAUGUUGCUGCAUUUCGGGAAGCAUGGACUGCAGCGGAUCCGCGACUCGAGGCGCUUUGGGGGCUUGCGAGACGCCAGGAACUGCCUGUGUUUCCUCUUCCUGUGGGUUUCAGCCUCCGUCACCAGCUGCAUGCUGCGCCCAUGUUUCGAGUCCUCUCCCUGGAUUCUCCGCACAGAGGACAGCGGCGCCUGGCUGCCUGCAGUGCAGCAGCUGCUGCGCCGCUUCUGCGUCUUGUUCUUCCGCAACUUCUGUCUCUCCUAGCAACAACGCGCAUGUCUGUGGGACGACCCAUUUUCCGUGUCUGACGCCGCCUCCGCCGCCUCCAACGUUUGCAGCCUCUCGCGGUCAAGACGGAGCCGUCCGGCUUCAAGGCUCAAACGAACCCUGUCCGGUGACCCCGCCGCCUCCGCCGCUUUCAUCUCCACCUGCAUCUGCCUCUUUUUUGGUGGGGAAUGCGGCAGAAGGCGUCAUGGCGCGGAACGGGUGGCACCCGGGUGUACAUACACCGGGUAGCGUUGCUGGAGGCGACAGCGACGGCAGACGCGCUUCGACUUCUUUCCACACUGUUGCGUGCUGCCGGCAUGGAGGAGACGAUGCAGGUUCCGCAGUCCCUGGUGCAGCUGUAGCCGCACCGAAAUCCGAGAAACGGUUGGGUGUCCCUGCGCCUCCGGGAGCCCCUCAGGGAUGCGCAGCUGUUCGGGUGCCUCCAGCUUCACUUUCAGGUUCAGGCACCCAGGAGACUUGCUUCUCUGGGGGUGGAGUUCCUCCUCCACCGCCUGAGGAGGGGAACGGCGUCUGGACAGGGGCAAGGGCAAGCAGGCGCGGAGCGCAGAAGGGAGAAGGUAGCGGCGAUGCCUCCGGACAGGACGGCUUUGGGAAGAAGCGGAAAAAGGAAGAAGAGUUCGUCUGUCUGCUCUGCGACAAGGCUUUCCGGACUGCGAAGAAGCAGGAACAACACGAAGAGGAGGAACACCUUCCCUGCGACUACCCCGGGUGUACCUACAGCGGACCUGUCCACGUCAUGGUCAUGCACAAGCUGAAGCAUCUCAAAAAUGCGAACGGGGAGAGCUUGCUGGACAGCGAAGCAGAGGUCGCGGCGUGGCUAGCUGCGAGGAAAGAAAAUUUCCCUUCUUCUCGAAGGGCCGCGAAACCGAAGACACCCGCGUCGACGCGCCCUCUUCCACGACCGAAGAGCGUUCUGGAAAGGAUUCUUCGAGAAACCAUGGAGUCGGCGUACGGGCGUCGCUUGAUCCAUCCGGCUUUCUUUUCAAGUGCUUUCUGCCCUGAGCUUCCAAAGAUGCUUCCACACCCGCCGCUGAUUUACUCCUUGAAACGCGAAUUCCGAUAUGCGCAAUUGCCGCGUUCGCCCUACACUCACCCGAGUGGUCUCUGUCCGUCUUCCUUCCUGGUCCCCCCUGGUGCAAAAGGCCCGGCGAGAGACACGAGAGCGGGAGGUCCAGGUAGGUCGGGACCAGAGGUUCCCCUGAGACCCCCCCUUUUGUACCAACUGCUGGCUCCCGAAAUUCGCAUGUACGAAGACAAGUUGAUUGCGGCGAUUCGCUUCAUUGUCCAGAGCAACUUUUUCCUGAAUGAACCUCGCGAGGAACCGGAGUCCGAGCCGCUUAUUCAGGUCAUUGACGAACAGACCACUACUGAGGCGGGUGUCUGCCCACCGGCUAGCUCGGCAGUUUUCGAAGCUGAGAAAGCCGAGCAAGAAGAGGCAAAAAACGAGAAACGGUAGAGCGCUUGCCGAGAGGCUACGCCUGAAAGACUCUAGCGCGAUCAGGACCUCCGCACUGGGGUAAUCAUCUACUACUCAGCUGCGAGACAGAAUGGCUUGUCUCUCUACAGUCAACAGUGGCAAGCUGAGGAGGCGAAGAGCGGAGAGGGGUAAGAUAGCGUACGAAAGACGGGCAAAAGGCGGCGACGGUCUGACGACCCUUCGCAGAAGUGAUGGAGUUGACAGUUCGCCACAACAACUGCUGUUCUGUGUUUGCGUUUUUGCCAGCCGCACGGUCUCAACAGUUUCUAGGGUGAGGGCUUCGUGGCAUUGUGUGUACACCUGUUUGCGACGCCUUUUCUUUUCGAAAAGCAGAAAUCAUUCCACAAAACAGUGGCUACGCGCACGCGAGCGACAGUUAAAAUCUCGCCUUUCGGAGUGUCGGAGGGGCAGCUGACGCCGAAGACAGAAAAGCCGAUUUUCGGGGUCGGAAGAAAUCCUCGCAGCGGGUAGGAACAUAAACCUGAAACGCCCCGCGGUUGGGCAAAAUUAAAAAUUUAAACCGAAAGUCCAACUCGGAGGAGAUAGUUUCCAGAGAAAGCUUUCAAAGAAUCCGGUCUCAGAGAAGACAACUCUGAAUAAGAUAGUGCAGUCCACACGGAAUCCCAUUUUCAAAUCUGUAACAGGUUGUGCCUAGCGAAUGUUGUUUUCACCUUUUCCCAGAGACUCAACGAACGCGAUGCAAGUGACCGUUCCCUCCCGACCUCGAGUCGCAGAAACCUUCUCUCUUUCUACACGUCUCCCUUUCCUCUACUUGCUUGCACUUGGUCAUUUCUCCACGGUGAAUCUGACUCCAGAUUUCUUAACAGUUCACAAGCUUAACGGUCUUCUGGGGCGUGCCGCUACACUCAGCACAGAAAAGUCCAGUUCUGUGAAACCAAAAUGCAGGCACUGAAGAUCUAACACUCCUUAAUUCGCGUCUCACCCGCAGCGGGAAUUCGCGCAGGGCUCAUCAUGGAUUUAGUAGAAACGCUGCGUUACGCUCCGUAACGCUUUGCUGUUAUCGCAUAAGACUAAAAUGCAUACCCGGAAGUAUAAGUAGAUUACUAUGAAACGCAGUGCUGCUAAACAGAUAGACAUAAGUAUUUUUCUUCCGCUGGGGGCAUCGACACCACCUCCCGGACCUACACCCUAACAGCUGCUCUCAAACAAUGUUCCAUCUUUUCCUGGCGACACUCGCUGAUUCAGUACACUCGACAUGCCCGAAGAAGUCGACCACAUCCGAGUUACGCACACAAGGGCUACAGUACAUACUAUUGUAGGUGCAGAGAAACUAAACGAGGCAUCCCUGCGGUAAGUGAUAAACUGUACUCCAGUUACGAAUCUGCGAGUUGUGUAAUUGAAGUACAUCAGAAUGCGAAAGAGGCUGAUCAGUGUAAAGACGAUUUCUGAAGCUGGAAACUCGCAAGAGACUCCA